AUGUCGGCGGCGCCCCGGCACGGCGGCCCCCCGCGGGGCAGGACCGGGGCCCUGCGCGGCGGCGAGAAGAAGUGCUCAUGGGCUUCCUACAUGACCAACUCCCCGACCCUGAUCGUGAUGAUCGGUCUCCCCGCGCGCGGCAAGACCUACGUGUCCAAGAAGCUCACCCGCUACCUCAACUGGAUCGGGGUGCCCACCAAAGUGUUUAAUUUAGGAGUGUAUCGCCGGGAAGCGGUGAAGUCUUACAAGUCCUAUGACUUCUUCAGGCACGAUAACAAAGAAGCAAUGGAAAUCCGCAAACGAUGUGCCUUAGUGGCUCUGGAAGACGUGAAGGCUUAUCUCCUGGAGGAGUGCGGGCAAAUAGCUGUGUUUGAUGCGACCAACACAACUCGAGAAAGACGGGACCUGAUCUUAAAUUUCGCUAAAGAAAAUGCUUUCAAGGUGUUUUUUGUGGAGUCUGUCUGUGACGAUCCAGAAGUCAUUGCUGCCAAUAUCCUGGAGGUGAAAGUUUCCAGCCCCGACUACCCGGAGAGAAACAGGGAGAACGUGAUGGAUGAUUUCCUGAAGAGGAUUGAGUGCUACAAGGUCACUUACCAGCCUCUUGAUCCCGAUGCGUACGACAAAGAUCUUUCCUUCAUUAAAGUGAUCAAUGUGGGACAGCGGUUCCUAGUAAACAGAGUCCAAGAUUACAUCCAGAGUAAAAUCGUCUAUUACCUAAUGAACAUUCAUGUCCAGCCGCGUACCAUCUACCUUUGCCGACAUGGUGAGAGUGAAUAUAAUCUUGUUGGCAAGAUUGGUGGGGAUUCUGGUCUGUCACCACGCGGGAAGCAGUUUGCGCAGGCACUGAAGAAGUUCAUCGAAGAGCAAGAGAUUGUUGAUCUGAAGGUGUGGACGAGCCAGCUGAAAAGGACGAUCCAGACGGCCGAGUCCCUGGGGGUCACGUACGAGCAGUGGAAGAUUCUCAACGAGAUCGAUGCUGGGGUAUGUGAAGAAAUGACCUAUGCAGAAAUUGAAGCCAAGUAUCCGGAUGAGUUUGCCUUGAGGGAUCAAGAGAAAUAUCUUUACCGCUAUCCCGGAGGAGAGUCCUACCAGGACUUGGUCCAGCGCCUGGAGCCGGUAAUUAUGGAGCUAGAGCGGCAAGGCAACGUCCUCGUUAUCUCCCACCAGGCGGUUAUGAGGUGCCUGUUGGCUUAUUUUCUUGACAAGAGUGCAGACGAGCUGCCCUACCUGCGCUGUCCCCUCCACACCAUCCUCAAGCUCACGCCCGUUGCCUAUGGCUGUAAAGUGGAGACGAUUACCCUGAACGUGGAAGCAGUGAACACCCACCGCGACAAGCCCUCUCUGAACUCAAACAACCUUCCCGCCAGCCAAACCCCUGUAAGGAUGAGAAGAAACAGCUUUACGCCGCGGGCCAGCGCGGACUCGGUAACGCGCCCACGACAUUACAGCGUUGGGAGCAAACCUCCCGACGUGAAGGUUACUGCCUCAAGGGGGAAAUGCUUGCCUGUGAGUGCCACUGAAAGCAGCUUGUAUGUGCUCUCUUUCGGUUUAAGGAUGGCCGGUUUAACGGUGUAGAGGUUUGUGCUUUCAUCCCGGAUUCGGCUGGGAUUUCCGUGGCUGGGAAGAGCCCUGCGGAUGGGACCGGAGCAUCCUCGGAGCACAGUGAGCUGCACGCCGCUUCGGCCAGUACUCUCCUCUGAAAUGUGUUUUUAGAGUCUGUCUGUGUCUUUUCUUUCUGAAUGCUGAAAUGUCUGUCAAUGAGAUUGGAGAAAAUUUGUUACAGAGAUCUUUCAACCUGCUUUUAGUAUGUGUGAGCUAACGUGUCCCUGAGCUUUCUGAG